UAAUCGGUCUAUCGAUAUGAAUAAUAAGCCCAAGCAAACAGCCUGGUAAUGUUGAAUUAAGUUUCAUUAGCUUGAAGACAACCAUUGGGAGGUGAGCAGCUUUAAGGCCAUCAGAAUGGAAUCCGAUUCGAGCGAAAGAGGAGAGACAAAAGCGAAGGGAAGUGUCGGUGGAAAAUGUAUUACAUUCAACGAGCUCGGUGCCAAAACCGCCAAGUUCGAAAAAAUUGACCCUGAUUUAGCAUAUCCAUGCACCUCGGGCCAAGCAAACACAUCGACUGGCGCUGCUGCUGAUGGAUCCAGUAAGAGUGGACGCCACAGGUCCAGGAAGAGCCAGCAUGGCGCCAGACGCAUAAGUGCUGACCUUCAGUUCGAGUCGGUUGCUGCAGACGAGCUGGGAGCCGGUGGAUCCAAGGCACCUAAGAAACGCAAGAUGGAGCAGAAAGCCACGGUCGCCCAGGACAAGGUGAGCGUGGCCAUCAGAAGUUUGGUUCAGAGCGAUGAGAUGCAGGAGCUCAUCAAGCGCAUCGCCAACGAGCGGGUUCGCUGCAACUUCCUGCUGGCCACCUAUCAGCUGCCCGACAUGAACUUCAGCCUCAACACGUCCAUGGAUACGCUACGCAAUCAGUUCCGGGAGCGCCUCAAGCAGCGUCGCGACCGAGGAAAUGCCAAUUUAGCCUCCUCGGCUUUAUCCCCAGCCAGUAACCGCCAGAAAUUCCCCACCAAGGGAGUUGAAAAGGCAAAAAACCCGUAGAAUUAUUAUGUUUUAGGAGUAAAUAAACAUUAAAUAAAAUAAAAGAUUUCGGAGCUGCUUUGGUAGCCCGACACACUCAGGUUC